GUUGGCGAGGCUGCUCGGAGCGCCAUUUAGGACGCGGCCAUACGCGAAAGCCCUGGGUUUUUAGUGAGCGUCUCAUGUAACAGGCACGCUUUCGAUUUUGCGCCCUGAAGGGAAAUUAAAAACCAAAAAUACCGGUUUCAUUUGGUCAUAGAAGAGGAGCCAUCCUUUCUCAACGUUGAACUUAUCUUUGACACUUGGAUUUUUAUUCACGGACUGUCCUUCUUGGGACAAUUUGAUCAGCUGCUUCAUUCUUUUCUUUUUAUCGUCUGUCUGGAUUCAUACUAUUUUUGAGCCAUGUCCCAGAAGCUGACACCAGACAGUGCUCAAAAAGGCUUUGCUGUAGGCCGUGGGCUCUUGGCUGCUGCGGAGACUUUGAAUUUUAGCAUGGGUGAAUCUCACUCUGAUCCCUACAGCUCCUCUUCUCAACAGCUUGGUGGAAUGGGGGGCUUGGGAGGAGGGGAUGGCCAAGACCACGACUCCCAGCUGCCCCGCCGGGUGGGCAGCCACCUUAGCAAUACCAUGAAGCUGUUCGCUAGCCUCGGCCUCUCGCCCACUGACCUGGAUGUGCUGGCUCAAGUUCCUGAGGAAAACAUCAGUGUGGAGACACUACCCCAUCUUAUCAUGCAACUUAAGAAUCGUAAGGUGGAGUCCAGUCGGCAUUUGGCCGGGGACCUACCAUCACACUCCCCAGAUACUUCAUACAGAGGCGGGCGAGAUGACUGGGGAGACAUGCAGGGAGGAAGACUGGACCGUUCCUCGGGACAAAGUCAGAGCCGUGCCUCCCAGAGCGAUUUUGGCUAUGGUUCCAUGCAAGACGUCUCUACUCGCAGCUACGACAUGCUAGAUUAUGGUGGCGGAGGUGGUGGCAGCAGCAGCAGAGAGCGGCAGUAUUCUGAGCUUUCCACAGACCACUAUCGAGGCCUUGGCAUGGCGUCAUCUUCAACAUCUGACGAUCUCUUUAUGCAGCGAAGGAUGGGCACUCCAUCUCAGGGAAAAAUACAGGAUUUCUUGGGAGUCAUGCCACACAUGUUUCCUCAUGUGUGCUCCCUUUGUGACUUUGAUGUACAUUCUGCCAUGGAAUGGACUCAACACACAACUGGGAUGCGACAUACCGAAAAUCGGAGGGUGCUUCUACAACUGUAUCCAGAUUGGGAUCCCCAGAUGCCUUCCAGAAGGCUGUCGGGGUCUCUUUCUCUCGACACAAAAGGCCGAUCAGAUGGAUUGUUGGGGGCUGCUCCAUCUAGUGGUCUUAGACAGAGAUCAGGGAUGAAUUCAAAUUGGGGCUCUGAUUCUGGCAUGGGUAUGGCAAGCAAAAUGCAGUCAUACUCUGUGCCACCAAAGAUAAGAAGCAGGGUGGUGGUGGUUAAAUAUGACCGCAAACCAAUGUUAUCCGCCCUGUUUGCUUUGGCCAACCCUUUUGGCACCAUUCGUGAAAACCUUGUGCUCAAGAACAAGGCCUUUUUGGAGCUUCAGACUCACGAGGAGGCUCUGGCAAUGGCUAACUUUUACCAGAAGAAGCCAGCAAUCUUGCAUGGUAAAGAAGUACAGAUUUAUCUAUCCAAGGAGCUGUUGGUCAUUGAGAAGAGUGAUAGACCUGAGAGGGACAGCAGAAAUAUCAAAGGUGCAAACAGUCAAGUGGUGUUCUUUUCCAAUUUACCAAGAGAGACUGAGAAAAAGAUGGAGUUACUUACAGUAUCCCGUCGAUUUGGCACUGUUGAAAAACACCUUUUCUUGAAUGAUCAGGCAUUUGUGCAAAUGAGCAAUCCAGAGGAUGCAGAGAUGUUGGUGAAGUACUACACUCUCCAUCCAUUAACUAUCAGCCGUAGGCCCAUCCAUCUAAACAUCUGCACUAAAUACAAGACCUUAACGGUUCCACCUGGCAAAGGGGGACAGGGAAGACAGGACAGAGAUGAAGUGAGCCUUAAGAGCAGCAGCAGAACUGUUACCAAAACAUCGUCCAGGUCUCAGAGAAGCACCAGCUCCAAAGCCAGAGAGAGCUCAACAGAGAAGACAGAAGAGCCAAAGCCUGAGGAUGAAGAAGAGGAUGUUCUGGCAGAAGGGUCUGGUGAUGAAGGAGAAGGUGUUGUGGAGGCUCAUGACGAAGAGGAAGAGGCCUUCGAUGAAGACCUGGCCACAGAGGAAGCCAACCAGACGUGUGAGGGUGAGCAAGCCAUGAAUGAGCCUCCAGGCCCUGAAGCCUCAGCAGCGUGUGAGGACUCUGCAAUAGAGCCAGCUGAGAACAGGACACACGAGGCUGAGAGCAUGGAGAUGCCAGAGGAAGCAGACUUGGAACAGGAGGUGCACUCAGAGAAACCAGCUGUGUCAGAAGUGGACCAGGAGGACUUCACGGAAGAGCUCAAAUCCAUGGAUGGUCAAGGCGAUGUGGAACAGGGUGAGGCUGAUGAUGAGAACAUUCCAGAGCAUUUUGGCGAGCAGGAGGGACCUGGAGAAUCCGAUUUCCCUGAAAACAUGGAUGAGUUUGUGACUCUGGAUGAGCUAGCGGAGGAGGAAGAGGCUGAAAGGCAUGACUCAAAAUCUAGAGCUAAAACUUCUUCAGGUGGAUCAAGGGAAAGUGGAGGCUUGAGAGUGGUCAAUGUGGUUGGAUUUAAGCGCAGCUAUGGUUAUCUCGAUGAGAUCCUGGCUCUGGCUAAGCCCUUUGGGAAAGUGGUGCGACACCUGGUGCUGGACGUCAGGCCUGAGGCAUUUCUAGAACUUUCAAGUGAACAAGAAGCCAAAGCAAUGGUCCGAUUCUACAGUGGCAAUGUCAUACCAUCUGUGUGUGGAAAAACUGUGAAAAUUUACCAUUCACAGACCUACCCAACUAUCCAAAGUGGCAGAGUCAUCUAUAUUGGACAUAUUCCACCUUUUAAAACAUCAGAUGCAUCCCUUCUGAAAAUUGCAGAGCCAUUUGGCAAAAUCAGACGCUACUUUUUGAAUCGAUCCCGCAAUGAGUGUUUUAUUGAGAUGGACAGGGGUGAGGAUGCAGAGAAAUUUGCAGAGGCCUGCAAGGAGAAUCCACCAAAGUUUCAAGGCAAACGGCUUGUUGUCUAUGUUAGUAGGAAAUACAAACAACUCAAACAUGGGCAUAGACCUCCAUCCUCAGAGCCAGAAGAAAAACGGACAUUGAAGAGGGAGCGCUCUGAAGAAGAGGUAGAAGCCCAGAUCAGCUCACCGGUCAAAACUAAUGUGAAAAAGGAAGAGGAGCCUCCAAUCAAGAAAGCCAAAGAGGAGAAGCCCACCACAGAUAAUGCUGAGAGUGCAUCAAAAGAAGUGGAGCAGGAGGACAAAGAAGCCCAAGAUGUAUCCAGUGAGAGUGUGCCUGAAGUCAAGAAAGAGGACACAGAGAAACUCAGUGGAGAUACAACAGAAGUUCACAACACUGAGAACAAACCGAAGGCUGAAAAUGAUGAUUCUGCUACUCCACCCGCUGCCCCUUCUGCUGGUCUGACUGAGAAGAGCCAGGAGACUAAUGUUGCUCCCACCAUUCCUGCCCAGCCUGUGAAAAAGCCUGAAACCACUCUGGCCACUCUGGGGCCAUAUGAGCCAAAUGUUCCAGUUGGUGUGGAGUUUGUAAAGAUGGGUUAUUACUGCAGAGUCUGCUUCCUUUUUUACUCCAAUGAAGAUACUGCUAAGAAGGUUCACUGCAGUAGCCAGGCACAUUAUGACAAACUUAAGAAACACUUGGAAAAGGAGAAGGCCAAAACACAAAGAAAUGGUGGAAAGAACUGAGUUAUAGAGGAUUGUAACUGGUGCUGUACAGUAUUUGAUGUGCAUAAGCAUCUGUCAUUUAGUCCAGUGUACUGAAUAUAUUUGUGAUUAGUAUGUUGAUUUAUCAUUUAGUUGUGUAUUAAACCUAGAAGAUAUCAGUCUUCAGUUUUUCUCAGCUCUUUUAUAACAUACUGUUGAUGGACCUUUUUGUGACUUUGUUUUCUGCAUUUUAGACUUAUGUUGCUAUUAUUAAAGGCAUUCCUUAUGUUGA